UGGAGUCUGAGGUUGUGAGAGAGAGAGAGUGACUGUUCAACUGUUCUCAAGUUGUUCUCAAGUUGUUCUCCAUUGUUCGGUGUGCAACAGGCGGAAAGCAACUACAGCUCAUUCCUUUUUUGUGCCAAACAAGCGUUUUCACGCAGACCUUCCGCCGCCCAGAAGGUUUGCGUUCCACUUUGGAUGCCACACAAAAUCUGGACCGAGCAAACUCUUGGAGUGUCUUUGGAUUGUGGACUCUUUACUGGAGCGCCAACAGAUCUCCAGUCUACUUUUUCAAUGGCUCAGCCCGACUUGUGGCCCAACCCGGAUCUGUCAAACUCAACCGUGGUUCACAGUCCGCUGGCUUUCUGUUCCGAUGCAAACACACCCAGCGGAGGAGAAAACGGGAACGGAGAAGAUGAGGAGGUGGAAGUCGCCGAGGAGGUGGGUGAAGACGUUGUACUGAUGGCUGGAGCUGCUGGAGCAGAAAGUCCGGAGGACGCUGAAGAAGGACUCGUCCCGACGCUGCUGAUGUCAAGCGAUGCCACGAAGGAGCAAGACGGGGAUGGAGGAAGGCCGCCACAACCAGAAGGUGAAGAAGAAGUUUUCCACACGUCGACUGGUGAGCCGUGCGACUUCCAAAUCCAGAGUGUGCAACAGGAAGUUGAGGACAACAAAGAGUCAGGUAAUGUAGAAGACAAAAACAAACGGCAGGUGAACACAGUUGUAGAAGAUACGGAAGAACCGCAGAUAGCCAUCAGGACUGAGGAUUAUGUUGUGACCAGCGACGGCAUUCCGGUUUCAGAGACCGAACAAGAAAACGACGGAGAUGAGGGGAUUAUCCAGGAAGAACGCGCAAAUACAGGAGCGAUACGGACCGCCGAAAACCCGAUUUGCUUCCCAGCUGUGGUCCAAAUGGAGAACAUGGAUGACCUGGAUGGAAUUAGCCACCAAAACCAAGAGACUGAGAAGGAGGUUAGAAUUCCGAACGGGGAAGAACUCAGAACUCCAAGUUUUUGUGAUGUUUCCCAACUGGUAGAAGAUGAAAACCAACACAAGGACACCGAAAAAGCUGGAACUGUAACACACGGUCAACUAGAUAAACCAUCUGGGAAUGAGGAACGGUCACCAUCCACGGAAGAACCCCACCCCACAAAUACGGAUCCUGAGUGUCUUUCGUACUGUAGGUCAUUGGGUGAAGGCCAGGAAGUCACAACAGAUACCAGAGCAUUAGAAGAUCACCGGAUAACCAUGGAUGAAGACUCUCACGACAUUCAAGCCUCAGAUACAAAUUCCCAGCAUUCCCAUGAAGGGGAACCGACCAUGGAUGGAGUCGUUCUUCAUGACCACGUUGAGGACACUCCUGGUGUUCAAGCCUUAGAUACAAUUUCCCAGAAUUCCCAUGAAGGGUCACCGACCACGGAUGGAGUCGUUCUCCAUGACCACGUUGAGGACCCUCCUGGUGUUGAAGGCUCAGAUUCAAAUUCCCGGCCGUCUCCUGAAGGGGCACCGACCUUCAUCGUUCAUGACCACGUUGAAGACGCUGCUGGUGUUCAAGCCUCUGGUGCAAAUUCCCAGAAGAUCCAUGAUGGUUGUGACUCGGAAGCUUCCGAGACAUGCACCAGUUCAGAGGACCUAAAGAAAGAUGCUAGUCCGGAGGUAGCCUUGGAAGUACAAGGCAGAAGCGGUUUUCCUGAAAGUCGGGUUAUCAUACCUGACGUACCACCGAUGGAACCUCCUGAUGAUCAGACCAUGCAGCUGAGGAACACGGAGAAAACCAUCAACAGCAUCUCAUGGCAGGAGCUCCAGGAUAAGGAGAUUUUGGACGGUGGUAACGUCGCCAAGUUUGCUUCAGACAAGGACGCAAAACCAAGACCGGAAACUGAAGACACACCUGACCUUGCAGUGGUAUCUUCUUUGACUCAAGUAGAGGAAGGAAGUUCUAAAGGAGGAGUCAAGGAGACGCAUGGAAAUGGAGAACCGGAUCACAUGGUUGAGCUUGAACACCAGGUUGAGGCUGCGCCACAAAACGAAAUCGAGCACGACCUUGGACCGGAGACGGAUGCGGACCUUGGAGAGGACCUACAUCAAGACGAGAAAGCAGAACCUGUGACCGUUUUAGAUGAUGACGUGGAAGACAUAGCAGAAGUCAAAGGCCUGAAGAUGACUCUUCAAGGUGAAUGUGUCCUACAUCAGGAGCUUCAAGAAGAAGAUAAGCCAGCCAGGAAUGAGUUAGACGUGGAGACAAAUGGUCGAGUCAGAGAACUAAGGCAGGCCAUGGAGAAUGGAGUAACUUCUCCUCAGCCACAACCAGUAAGGAACGAGGUGAAGCUGUUGUCCACGAGGAGAAAAGACGACGCGUGGAUUCAAACAGAGCAACCACAACAAGACCGGAAGGAGAGUUCCUUAAAAACACAAGAACCUUCCACGGAACAUCUCGGUCUUCCUGUGAGGGAUGCUUGGAUGAAGGAACUGAAGUCUGCCAUCAAAAAUGAAGUUCUGACCAACAAGAGAGAGCGGCAAGCCAAGAAGAAGAGAGUGGUGCUUUUAGAGGACGGCCAGUCGUUUUUCCCUCAACGGGAGAAGCCCACAGAGAAGAAGCAGGAGGCAUCUAACAAAGCUGUGGACCGACCUUUGCUUCCUGUCAAGGAAGACACCACAGGAACACCACCAGACCAAGACCAUGAGAUCUCCCUUUAUGUCAAGGCAGGGAGCGACGGGGAGAGCAUCGGGAACUGUCCUUUCUCCCAGCGACUUUUCAUGAUCCUCUGGCUCAAAGGCGUCAUCUUCAACGUCACCACCGUCGACCUCAAGCGGAAACCUGCAGACCUACAGGACCUGGCUCCUGGUACCAACCCCCCAUUCAUUAUCUUCAACGGCGAGGUCAAGGUGGACGUCAACAAGAUAGAGGAGUUCCUGGAGGAGAAACUGACACCACCACGGUACCCCCGGCUGGCGGCUAAGCAUGCUGAGUCCAACACGGCGGGCAUCGACGUCUUUGCCAAGUUCUCUGCGUACAUCAAGAACGGCAGGAAGGACACCAAUGAAGUCUUGGAGAAAGCCUUACUGAAGUCUCUGCGCCAUCUGGACGUCUUCCUGCGGACGCCUUUCCCCGACGAGUUCGACGCCGAUGCCCCGGGAGACGUUCCCGAGUCCACGAGGAACUUCCUGGACGGACCCGAGCUCACCCUGGUGGACUGCAACCUGCUACCCAAACUCCACAUCCUCAAGGUGGUAGCCAAGAAAUACCGCGGCUUUGACAUUCCGGCCGACAUGGCGGCCCUCUGCCGUUACUUGGACAAUGCCUACCAGAGGGAGGAGUUCACCAACACUUGCCCCGCCCACACCGAAAUUGAGUUUGCUUACCUGGACGUGGCAAAAAAUAUUAAAUAGGCUUUAAAAAAAACACAACAACAACAACAAAGCCCACUCUUGCUAAUCUAUACCUAAUCAAUACUCAUUCAUACAUAUACUAUGUACUCUAUGUACUACACUUGUACUACACAUACACCAUACAUACCGCCAAACCCUAUUAUGGUAUUCGCAACAUCAUGAAUGAUUACUUUUUUAUGAAAAAUUAAUUUGAACAAAUACUUUAUAUUUGUAUUCGGGAACAAUUACUUGAAUACAAAUACUUUCCCAUCUCAACAAAUACAAAUACAAGCUGCUUUGCACACCCCUACUACACAUGUAAUACACAUACACCACACAUAUACUACCCACAUGUAUGGUGUAUUACAUUAUAUGUAUUAGAGAUGUAUUACACAUGUAUAAAAGGUGUAUUGCAUAUGUAUCAGAGGUGUAUUAAACAUGUAUUACACAUGUAUAAGAGGUGUAUUAUAUAUGUAUUAGAGAUGUAUUAAACAGGUAUAAUAUUAUGAUUAAUAAUAAAGUGCAAAUAUUAUGGGAAUAAAGUGUUAAUAUUAUG